AUGUCUGGUUCAAACUUGGAAGAACUAGAUAGGGAAGAAACUGAAGAAGAUUUGGUUAUGUGUAUGACUCUACUUAUGUAUGCACAAGAGAGUUCACUACACACUAGAGAGCCCAUUCGUGAUAGUGCACUAACAGGCCCAGAACGUGUACGUGAGGUCUUGGAAGGUCAUGUAGAUAGGUGUUAUGAACAAUACAAAAUGGAACGACAUGUCUUCUUCAACCUCUGUACGCUAAUGCGGGAGCAAGGAUGGUUGGAAGAUAGUCGAUAUGUUAGAGUUGACGAGCAGCUAGCAAUGUUCAUAACUAUGGUUGGUCGAAACCAGCGGGUAAGAGAUAUAGCUGAACAUUUUCAGCAUUCACCAGAGACCAUUGGUAGGCAUUUUAAUACAGUACUGGAGGCUUUCCUCAAGUUAGGGGAAGUUAACAUAAGACCACCACCAUUUGAUAAGAUUGCCCCAGAAAUUAAGAAUGAUCCCAAAAAGUAUCUUUUUUUCAAGGAUUGUAUUGGUGCUAUCGAUGGAACUCAUAUAGAUGCACGUGUUCCUCUAUACAAACAAAUACCUUAUAGAGGGAGAAAGGGACAAACAACACAGAACGUCAUGUGUGCGUGUUCACAUGACAUGAAAUUCACUUUUGUGAAUAGUGGCUGGGAGGGAUCCGCAAAUGAUUGUCGAGUAUUUGCAACGGCACUCGUAGAUCCAACCUUACACUUUCCUCAUCCUCCUCCAGGCAAAUAUUACGUAGUAGAUUCUGGAUAUCCAUCUACUACAGGGUUUUUAACACCAUUCAAGGGACAACGGUAUCAUCUCUGA